AACGUAUCAAAACUCUUUGUUUUUAACAACAAAUCGAUUUUCGUAGUAAAAUAAAAAGAACGGUUUUUGUGAUACAGUAGACUUCUGUAUAGCUGUAUAGGUUCUUUUCACUCGCUGUUCAUUCAUAAAACUGAAGGAUAGGAACGUUUUGGCAUGGAUAAUGAUGAAGACAGACUUUCCGAUGGCGAAAAGGAUGAAAUAAUUGAGGACGACGCCGACAGUUAUUCUUACACCGGCCAUACAAAUUGUCAUUCUGUGCCCGAGUUUUUGGUGCUACAAGCGAAGCAGUUUAGACAGCUGAAUUUGAGCCACAAUGGAAUUAACGAUCUCAAAAAUAUCGCAAUCUUUGUCAAUUUGGAGAUUCUUAAUUUGGAUAAUAAUGAAAUAUCAGACUCAACUCUUUUUCCUGUUCUGCCGAAACUGCACUCUUUAACUCUGAAUAACAACAAGAUAAAAUAUCUACAAAUUUUUAUUUCACGUCUUGCAAAACACUGCAUUUCUUUGACGUACUUAAGUUUGCUUGGUAAUGAAGCUUGUCCUCAUGAAAUACUAGAUUCAAAUAAAACUGAAAAAGAUUAUGAAAAAUACCGCAUUUUUGUGGCAAGCCGGCUACCAAAGCUUAAAUUUCUCGACUGGAAGCCCAUUUCUAAUCAGGAAAGAGAAGAAGGAGCGGAAGCGUUCCCAAUUACACCAAGAGACAGAUACCCUUCAAUUAAAACCCAAGAGUCUUGCCAGGGUUUACCUAAAAUAGCUGAAGAGCCACAAGCGGUAGUCAAACCAGCCAGCUUUUAUGGCCAUGUAAGAUACAGAUAUGGUGGAAAACAAUCGGAGGGAAACCGGUUCAUCAGAAACAAUGAUCUUUAAAAGAUUUUUCUUUAAAUAUUUAUACAGUCAAUUUUACCAAAUCAGACCUCUUCUAGACCUAGCCAAACUGAUGUGGUUAAUGUUAAACGGUUGGUCUGAUUUAAUGUUGGCCGAUCAAGUGGGAUUGACUUUACCAUGUUUGACAAUGGGAGUUUAUUAACAAGAAUGAAUUAAUCCAACAUAAUUAUAAUCUGGACCAAGCCAAUCUGGUUCAACUGAAUGUCGAUUAAGCGAGUUUGACCGUAAAAGGUGUAUAAAAUCUGAAGCUAGAAUGGCGAGGAAUAAAAAAGUAUUUCUACACUGUAACCUGAUGUAAUUUAUAUUGUUUUGUAUUAUUGUGUUUCAUAUACUCAUAUACUGUUAAUGUUUACAUUAAAUCAGUUAACCAGUGUAAUAUUACUGUAACAAUUAAUUCCAGGUGCAAUUUUUAUUCAAGUGCAAUUCUACUUUUGUUUUAGUACUUAUGUGUUUGAUAAAAUUGUACAAUAUUACGUUUUUCAAGUGACUUGUUUUAUUUUUACGUAGUUAUAUCAGUUGUUCUUAAUGUUUAAAAGGAAACCUUCCAUUUUUUUAAAGCCAUAACCAUAAGACUCUAAAACAAUUAUUAUACAUUGCCCUAUUUCUUUAAAAAAUGCUAAUUAAUUUUGGUAAUUUUAAUUACAUCUAUUUUUACCAUUGCAAACUAAAAGAAUAUUUAUUUUAG